GAGAGAGAGAGAGAGCUAAUAGAAAUUCCUUUAAGCUCAAUAAUUCAAGUAAUCUUGGGCAUCACUCUGUGGACUCUGGUCUAUAGAAAGGACAGUAACCGAAUGCAAACAAGUGCUUUCAGCAUAUUCCACCACCAGACUGUCCCAUGGCUCUCAUCUCUUGCGAUUUGUAAGCCGCAAACAAAUCCUGAGGUGGGAAAGUGGCACUACAAAUGGCAGCUCUCGGGCGUCUGCAGAAUUCAUUCUUGGUGGCCAGUACCCCAGUGCAGCUUAUAGGAGUCUGAUAAGUCAAUCAGAAGGAAAUAUCAGCAAUGGCAACUGUGGCUGCAGCUUCAAACUUUGCAUCAACAAGUUCACUAGUCAACUAUGGAGUAACUUCUGGAGCAGAGUCUAAAGCAAAACUGGGACGAAUGUUCAAGUGUACCACGGCUCACGAAGGGUUAAGACCCUUGAACCAAGUAGAUGAGCUGCGUGUCAAAAUCUGGCAGGCUAGAAGUUAUAAAACAUUUAAGAGUAGGUAUGCGAGGAGUUCAGGAAUCAUUGUUUGUGGAAGUGGGAUGAAUUUGGUAUUUGUUGGAACAGAAGUAGGUCCCUGGAGCAAAACUGGUGGACUUGGAGAUGUUCUUGGAGGUCUGCCACCUGCAAUGGCGGCCAAUGGGCAUCGUGUGAUGACUGUCUCUCCUCGUUAUGAUCAGUACAAAGAUGCCUGGGAUACAGAUGUUAUAGUUGAGCUUAAAGUGGGAGAUCAAAAGGAAAAGGUCCGCUUUUACCAUUGCUACAAAAGAGGAGUUGAUCGCGUUUUUGUGGAUCACCCAUUGUUUCUUGAAAAGGUGUGGGGGAAAACUAAAUCCAAAAUUUAUGGGCCCAUUGCUGGAGACGAUUACAAGGACAAUCAAGUUCGAUUCAGCCUGCUAUGCCAGGCAGCUCUAGAAGCACCAAGGGUUCUAAAUCUUAACAGCAGCAAAUAUUUCUCUGGACCUUAUGGUGAAGAUGUUGUGUUCAUUGCCAACGACUGGCACACUGCCCUGAUCCCUUGUUACCUGAAAACAAUUUACAAGCCCAAAGGCAUAUAUAAAAGUGCUAGAGUUGCCUUCUGCAUUCACAACAUUGCUUACCAGGGCAGAUUUGGCUUCACAGAUUUCUCACUUCUCAAUCUCCCAGAUGAAUUCAAAAGCUCUUUUGAAUUUGUUGAUGGGUAUGAAAAACCAGUUAAGGGAAGGAAAAUUAAUUGGAUGAAAGCUGGAAUUUUAGAAUCAGACAAGGUUUUUACUGUCAGCCCAUACUAUGCCCAAGAACUCGUCUCUGGCGUUGAAAAAGGAGUGGAAUUGGAUAACAUCCUUCGCAAAACUGGCAUUACAGGAAUUGUGAAUGGCAUGGAUGUCCAAGAAUGGAAUCCGUUGACUGACAAAUAUGUAGGCGUCAAAUAUGAUGCUUCAACUGUGACGGAUGCCAAGCCUCUGUUGAAGGAAGCCCUCCAAGCAGAAGUGGGAUUGCCGGUGGAUAGAAACAUCCCCGUUAUAGGCUUUAUUGGUAGGCUUGAAGAGCAGAAAGGUUCAGAUAUUCUUGUAGCAGCUAUUCCCCAUUUUAUCAAAGAGAAUGUUCAAAUAAUUGUCCUUGGGACUGGUAAGAAACCGAUGGAGAAGCAGCUUGAACAGCUGGAGACAAUAUAUCCUGACAAGGCCCGAGGAGUGGCAAAAUUCAAUGUUCCCCUGGCUCAUAUGAUCAUUGCCGGUGCUGAUUUUAUAUUGGUUCCUAGCAGAUUUGAGCCCUGCGGUCUGAUUCAAUUACACGCCAUGCGUUACGGAACUGUACCUAUUGUCGCCUCAACUGGUGGAUUGGUUGAUACUGUUAAAGAAGGUUUCACUGGAUUUCAGAUGGGAGGCUUCAAUGUUGAAUGUGAUGCUGUGGACCCUGCGGAUGUGACUGCUGUGGCAACAACUGUGAAAAGAGCCCUCACAGCCUAUGGAACUCCAGCUUUCACUGAGAUUAUAAAGAAUGUCAUGGCUCAAGAGCUCUCCUGGAAGGAACCCGCUAAAAAGUGGGAGAAAGAGCUGCUGAGUUUGGGGGUCGAUGGAAGUGAAUCUGGCAUAGAAGGCGAGGAAAUAGCUCCCCUCGCCAAGGAAAACGUUGCAACCCCCUGAGAUUAUCGAUCUAUAAUAAAUCGAACUUGUGUUCCCUUAAUAAACCUUGGACGACAGCAGAAGGCAUAAUCCAAAUCCUAACACACAAGAUGUUCUACUGCUCGUCUAAAAGAGCUGCCAGAUUCGUUGUUAUUCUCACCAAAAAUUGUUUUGGGGGUAUAUAUCAAGUUGUUUUGGAACGUAAUGCUUGGCCAAACAAUGUGAAAUAACAUGUCUUAUGACAGACUUCAAUAGGCGAAGCCUGAACAAAUUCCUGUAACUUGGAGAAUAAAUAUAGCAAUUCCUAAAACCAUUGCUCAUUUCCAUUCCACCUCAG